AUGAUUCGCCGACAAGCACGAGAGCGACGGGACUAUCUCUACAGAAAGGCCUUGACGCUUCGGGAUGCAGCGAUUGCAGAGAAGCGAGCGAAGCUAAAGGCUUCGCUCGCAUCUGGAAAGCCGCUCGAUUCAUCCAUCGCCAACGAUAAGCGCCUGCGUGAAGAUUUCAAAUUCGACGAGUCUUUGCAGUCGUCUUCCAAGGACCAAGUCAAUGAUGAUACCAUCGAUGUUGAUGAUGAAUACGCCCUCACCUCUGGUCUAGUCGACCCCCGCCCACUUGUCACCACCUCUCGCUCCCCGUCCGCACGUCUGAGCACAUUUGCCAAAGAAAUCCGUCUCCUUCUCCCCACCUCUAUUCGCCUAAACCGAGGUAAUCUGAUUUUACCUGACCUGAUCUCUAGCGCCAAUUCUGCAGCGCUUACAGAUAUGAUCCUCCUCCACGAGCAUCGUGGUACCCCUACCGCUAUCACAAUCUCGCAUCUCCCGCAUGGACCAACAGCCAGCUUCUCCUUACAUAAUGUGAUGCUGAGAGCUGAUAUCCCGAAUUCGUCAAGAGGAACCGUUUCAGAGAGCUAUCCGCAUCUAAUCUUUGAAGGUUUCACCACCAAACUAGGAAAACGUGUUGUUCAAAUCCUCAAGCACCUCUUUCCACCACGAGAAGGUGGUGACAAAUUGGGCAACCGAGUUGUGACUUUCCGGAAUUCAGAAGAUGCUAUUGAGGUUCGCCAUCAUGUCUUUGUUCGAACGGGGUAUCAGGAUGUGGAACUCGCCGAAGUUGGACCGCGAAUGACUUUGAGGCUUUUCGAAAUCCGAGGAGGAACGCUUGAGAAGAACGCUGGAGGGGAUGUCGAGUGGGCCUUGACCCAGUAUACAAGAACAAGUCGGAAAAAGGAUUACCUCUGA